AGCCUUAGUGUCAGCCAUGGGGAGCAAACAACAGAGAAACCUUAACCAUUUGGCCAUGGUCUAUUUUCUCUUGAGUUCAACUUCACCUGCAGCAGAUGGUCAGAUCAGAUUAGCUUGGUCUGGGUCUACUCUGUGCUCUGGAAGAGUUGAAAUCUAUUACAACAACACCUGGGGAACAGUCUGUGAUGAUAGCUGGGACUCAGAUGAUGCUAAGGUGGUUUGCAGAGAGUUGGGCUGUGAUACGGCACUGAGUGCCCCUCAUUCAUCAGCCUACUUUGGUGAAGGAACCGGACAAAUCUGGCUUGAUGAUGUGGCUUGUUCAGGAAAUGAGAGGUCUCUAACUCAGUGUAAGCACAACAGAUUUGGGACACACAACUGUGGACAUGGAGAGGAUGCUGGUGUUGUAUGUUCAGGUGUCAGAUUGGCUGGGUCUACUCUGUGCUCUGGGCGAGUUGAAAUAUAUUACAACAAAACCUGGGGAACAGUCUGUGAUGAUGGUUGGGACUUAAACGAUGCUGAGGUGGUUUGCAGAGAGUUGGGCUGUGGUACGGCACUGAGUGCCACUCAAUCAGCCUCUUUUGGUGAAGGAACCGGACAAAUCUGGCUUGAUGAUGUGGCCUGUUCAGGAAGUGAGAGGUCUGUAACUCUGUGUCAGCACAGAGGAUUUGGGACACACAACUGUGGACAUGGAGAGGAUGCAGGUGUGGUCUGUUCAGGUGUCCGAUUGGCUGGGUCUACUCUGUGCUCUGGGCGAGUUGAAAUAUAUUACAAGAAUAUCUGGGGAACAGUUUGUGAUGAUUAUUGGGACUUAAACGAUGCUGAGGUGGUUUGCAGAGAGUUGGGCUGUGGUACGGCACUGAAUGCCCCUAAAUCAGCCCACUUUGGUGAAGGAACCGGAGAAAUCUGGCUUGAUGAUGUGGCCUGUUCAGGAAGUGAGAGGUCUGUAACUCAGUGUCAGCACAGAGGAUUUGGGACACACAACUGUGGACAUGGGGAGGAUGCUGGUGUGGUCUGUUCAGCACUCCUCCCUAAGCCCAACAUCUCCAUGAAUCCUGCUGCUGAGGUUACCUGGGGUCAGAACGUCGACAUCACUUGUUCUGUCUCAACUCAAACUCAACAGAUUUUAAGUCCAACAUUUAUUUUGAAAAAGGCUUCAAGUUCAGUUGGAGAAACCCAAAUGUCAAGUACCAACUCUGCUACCUUCAUCAUGCCUAAAGUCAACUUUGACAACGAAGGAUCAUACCAGUGUCAGUAUAAGAUAACAGUUGCAGGUCAAGACUUCACCUCCUCAAGUGACUCUGUCAGCCUCUCUGUUACUGUGAGCCUCCCGACACCCAGCAUAUCCAUGAAUCCUGUUGGUGAGGUUACCUGGGGUCAAGAUGUUGGCAUCACUUGUUUGAUCUCAACUCAGGUUUUAGGAGGGACAUUCAUCCUGCAGCACUCCUCAGGUUCAUCCAGAAAGACAGAAACACGUACCAACUCUGCUACCUUCAACAUUGUCCAAGUGGACUUUCCCAAUGAAGGAUCGUACCAGUGUCAGUAUCAGACAAGGAGUUCAAGUCAAGACUUCAUCUCACCCCAAAGUAACUUUGUCAGAUUCUCUGUUUCUGUGCCGCUGCAGCAGCCCAACAUCUCCCUAACAUCUCCUAACAGAGGGCUGGUCUGGGGCCCUGAAGGUGCACAGAUCACCAGGGGUUUCAGCUUUGUCUUCACCUGCUCCACUUCCUCCCAUUAUCCUGGAGGUGUUUUCCAUCUCAUCUUCUCUGGUUCAAACCUCACCAACACAGAGCCAGCAGUCAACCAGUCAGCCUCCUUUUCCUUCCUGGUGGCUGAGUAUGAACAACAGGGCAACUACAGCUGUGUGUAUGAAGUCACACUGUCCUCGAGAAGAUUCACUUCUACACAGACAGCAACUAUUAGAGUCGUCAUUAAAAUCUAUUUUGUCUUGAGUUCAACUUCACCUGCUGCAGAUGGUCGGAUCAGAUUAACUGGGUCGGGGUCUACUUGGUGCUCUGGAAGAGUUGAAAUCUAUUACAACAACACCUGGGGAACAGUCUGUGAUGAUGGUUGGGACUCAGAUGAUGCUAAGGUGGUUUGCAGAGAGUUGGGCUGUGAUACGGCACUGAGUGCCCCUAAAUCAGCCCGCUUUGGUGAAGGAACUGGACGAAUUUGGCUUGAUGAUGUGGCCUGUUCAGGAAAUGAGAGGUCUGUAACUCUGUGUAAGCACAGUGGAUUUGGGACACAUGACUGUGGACAUGGAGAGGAUGCUGGUGUUAUCUGUUCAGGUGAGAAAGAUUUUGGAUAA